AUGAAUGAAUAUAGACGGGUUACAAGAGAGGAACUUUUCGAUAAUGAUCCAGAUGAACCAUUACAAGAGGAGCAACCUCUGAUAGAGCCAGAUUUGGAAUUCAUCACAGUAAAUGAUGUCCAGGUAAGUGAUUCAAAACAAGACAACGAUCCUGAGGGGGCCCAAGAGUUUGAGUUCCCGCUAUUUUCUUUUGGGGCAAUGGAGAACAGCGCUAGCCACGAUAGCGAGAAGGAUGAUGCCGAGGAAAGCCGAGGCCGGACAUCGACUCGACUAAUGAAGGUGUCGCUUAGAGAACCCUCUCCAGAUUUUUUUAAGCAAGAGAGGCCUCGCAGUUUCUACUUCGCAGAGUAUUCUGUGGAACAGACCAAUAACUUCAAAACCGCUGCAAUCGAAGCUAAUGAUAUCCUUCGAGAAAGUGCUGCGGCUCCCAACUUGAGGUGGUCACAGUUCAGAGGACGGCUCUGGGAUCUGAAAAGUCAUAAUGCCAAAAUUGAGCGCGAGCAGCUACGAGAGCUGAAAAUUAAGCGUCGGAGGCCUGGCAAGAAGCAGCGCCUUGCUAAAAAGGCUGGAAGUGAGCGGGUUCAAGAGCGAUUGGAAAAAGCAAAGGAGUUAAAGAAGCUUGCUAAAAAGAAGUUUCACAAGCGGGGUGGGAAGAAGAACAAAAAAACGGAAAGUGAUGGGCCAUCGAAGCCAAGAUUUCGCACAGAAUGA